AUGAAGUCAUCAGGCUUCCGAGAAUUAGAUCUACCUCUGUAUCCUCCUUUGUAUCCUCAAUUAUCUUUGCUGUUUCUUCGAUAUUGUUUCAUUGGUUUCUAUUUUUCUUUUCCUUUCUCCUCAGAUAAUAUCUUGGGUGAAAGAUCAUGUUAAUGAUCGUCAUACUUUGACUAAUCUUUCAUUGAUUUCUGACCAACUUGAAUAGAUUAGAAAAUUCCCUCACAUUUAUAACAACUUGAUCAUUGUUUCAAUUAGAUUCUUAACAACUUGUCGUGAUAUUUAACGUCUCAGUGCAUGCUGGUAAUAGUGUGUAUAAUGCAAAUUUGAGUUGGAGUCUUUCUUUUCUUGGGGGAUUUUAUAGAGGGGUUGAAUAAAGUUGUGGUCGGCUGCUUUUGAACCCUCUUAUGGAGCAGAAGUUUAUGCAGAACAGUCUCCCUGCAGUUUCCAAUCAAUUGAAGUUCAAAUUUGAUGGAUCGGAUUAGCUCAUGGUUUUUGCAGGUUGCUAUCAUCGUCUACCUCAAAAAUGAAUUUACAACCCACAAAUGCCAUGUGGUGCAGCUGCUAAGUUUCUUUGACAGGUGAUGCGUAGAAGUUGCAGUGACUAAUUUCUUUUCGGAUUGAAAUUUGAUCUUAGAAUUGAGGAUAAGGGGAGAAACUUGUUAAAGAUUUGGACAAAUUGAACGGCAGCCAUCAGAUACUCUAGAAAAGAUGAUGUUUCUACAAUGAGGAUACGGGUUAAAAGUAUGGAAACCCCUAGAAAGUAGGUAGAUCCUCUAAAAGAAGAUCUUGACUACUUACAUCUUGCUGAGAUCAAUUUCGUGAGAGCACUCCAUGUGGUUGAUUUCACUUAAUGUGUGUGAUAAGACUUGAUUCUCGUUGUAAUCACUUACUGUUAUAGGAACUCGAUGUUGUGCACUCGAGCGGAUUUAUUUUAUAUUGAGUUGGAUGUUAUUGUCUAUUUACAAAAACUCAAUAGGUACCGACGGAUCAUGCAGCCUUGGAUAGACUUGAUUAUCUGGUUUCCGCAAAUUUCUGUAUUCUAGGGCUUUAAUUUGCUGAGCAGCACCACGAGUUUCGCCCCUGCUUACUCUCCCCACAGCAUCUGUCGGGUCGGCCCCUGAAGCAUUGCAAUGUUCUGCCAAUCGGUUCUUGCUGGUUGGGCUUGUGGCUAAAGUCGUGCUCUUCACAAAUUGAUCAAAAGGGUGAUCUAUUGUGUGUGUGGGCAAUGUCACUGGUGGUAGAUGAAGAAACUAUGAAUUGAGUGAGCAGUUUUGCACUCGGUUGCACGGGAGGGCUUAGUGAUAUAGUUCAGUGAAUCCUCUGUAGUUUCAUGUCAUUGGGUAAGCUGUUCAGAAAACUCAUUGGUGGAGAAUCAGUGGUAGUCAAAACCGAAGUUACUUAAGAUUUCUUCUGAUGACAAAAAAGCUGCCCUUUGUAAUCGAUGGUAUUCGUUUUUUCAACACUCCAUUAUAUCAUCACAUUAUUAACUGUAGAAAAACUAGACAAGAAUAUUAACAUUUUCAAACCGUUGUCUUAGAAUUCGAUUUCUAGAUACGAAAACCGUAUACGAAAUUACUUUAAUCACACUUUUAAAGGAAUUGAAUAGUGAACCUUUUAUGUUCUCGAAACCUUGGUCAGUCUAUUCUCAAUUUGUCACCUUGCAACUUAAGGAUCAAAAUUUCAAAUUUAUGAAAUUUCUUUUUCUCCACCAAUUAUUUAAUCCCUCUAGUUUUUCAGUUUUGACCUCUGCUUUGGCAAAAUCAGCCAAUCCACGUUCGAACAACCGCCGACGGAACAUCCUCAACUGUCAUCCAAUCAGACAAUUUGAAGUUUUAAGGAGGAGCAGCCCCACUGACGUCAGCAAUUUCUUGGUGCUCCAUUUUCAUGUCAUGAUCAUCACGACCACAUAAAAAAAAAAAUUUUGGGCGGUGCAUAUUCUAACUGAAUUCCGCUUACCACUUUUUUCUUUACGAAUUCUUUAACUUGUAAUUUGCUCUUCUUGAAAAGAAAAGCACAGAAAGAAAGAAGAAACUGCGAAAUUAUCAAGAAAACGAUUCUCAACUGAAACUGCCUGAUUACCAGAAAGGAACCGACUCAGAACCGAUCACCAUCACACAAAGUUCAAUCCUUUCUUUGAUCUUCCCUCCUUCCCUCACGUACCCAGAUUGAGUUUUCGCAAGAUUCUCGAGUUCCAUCCAUCUUUUGUUGCCUCUGUUCUUCGUGGGGUUGUCAAGUUAGAGUGAGUGAUGCAAGAUGGCAGAAGCAGAGGACCCAGAUGGCGGCUCGGCGAAGAGCCCUCAUGAGCUAAAGCGCGAAGUUUCCAGGCUGCUGGAGAUGAUCGCUAAAGAAGACGAGUGCACGUUGGAGACCGUCGACGAAGCGAUCAGGACUCUGCAACUUUUCACGGAGUCGAGGUUGAAGACGGCGGAGAAGAAGCCUCGCGGCGGGCGGGGAAUUCCAGAAGAGUUCCUCUGUCCCAUUUCGAAGAGAGUGAUGGUGGACCCAGUUGUUUUGGAGAAUGGACUGACAUUCGAUCGACUUCCUAUUCAGGACUGGCUGAAUGAGGGCCACAGGAGAUGCCCUCAAACCCUGGAAUACCUUCGUGACACUAGACUCACUCCAAAUCGUUUGGUCCGGAGAUUAAUUGCAAAAUGUUGCAAGGAGCAAGGAGUUAAGUUACCAAACUUGAUGGAAGCUGAAGGGAAGAUAGCCGGUGUAUGCAACAAAGAUUAUUUUGAAUCACUCCUCGAUAGAAUGUCCACCUCCCUGGAUGAUCAGAAAGCGGCUGCUAAAGAAUUACGAGAUCUGACCAACAGACAAGCCUCAUUUCGUGCGUUUUUCGGAGAAUCUGCGGGGGCCCUCCAAAAAUUGCUAAACCCACUUUCCCCAAACAAGGUGGCAGAUGAUCCCAGUCUUGAAGAGGAUUUGACGGCCAUAGUUUUGAAUCUCUCAAUCAUCGAUAGCAACAAGGAGCUAAUGAAGGAUAAUCCAUUUGUCAUAUCGUUCCUUGUUGGGUCACUGAACUCCAGGACACAUCGAACAAGAAGUAUUGCUGCCGCGGCUCUGUCUGAACUAGCGAUCCUCGAUUUGAACAGGCAUCUCAUUGGAGAAGCAGGAGCAAUCGGUCCUCUGAUCAAUGUCAUCGGAGAAGGGAACAUUGUAGCUAUCGUCAAUGCUUCUUCUGCACUGUCCAAACUGUUUCGUCUUACUGAGAACAGAAAGAAUGCCAUUCGGGCACGAGCCACCAGUGUGAUACUCCAGAGGAUAGUGAGACGCAUCUGUGUGGAUGAAAUGAUGGGUCUUCUUGCAUCAUUGUCUUGCGAUCAAGAUGCGGUUGAGGAGUUGAGGGACUUUGGUGCUGUUCCUCUCUUGCUCACGGUAUUGGGUGAAAUCAGACCCGAACGAUGCAAGGAGAAUUGUGUGGCUAUUCUGGACGAGAUCUGUUCUUAUGACCCACACACUGUGAAGCAAAUUAGGAAAAACGAGGAUGCCAGUGGCCUGCUCUUGAGACUUAGUGUGAGCACCACAGCGACUGCGAGAGCUCAGAGGAAGGCUACUUCCAUUGUCAAGAAAAUCAUGAAAAUAGCAUCAUAAAUGAUUAGCUCUUUACUCAGCUCAUGUACAGUCACUUUUUGUGAAUACCAUUCUCUCACGGCAGCUUCAAAACCAAUUUUUGCUGGAUAUGUUACAUGGAUUCUAUACAGGUUAUAGGAAGUUUUUC